AUGGCAACAUCAGCGCUCGAGACAACCGCCUCGCUUCUCCAGUCCUUCCGCCCGCUAAAGUCCUUCUGCCAGCACGUGAGCACGUGGGCGCACUACGCGCAGAGCCCUGGGCGCAUGAUCGAGACGCACCACCUCGUGGCGAGGCUCACAGAGGACGUGCUGCAGUGUAUCGUUUUUGACAGUGAUCAGCCCAACGCACGCAUCGUUGGCGUGGAGUAUAUCGUGACAGAGUCCGUGUUCAAGAAGCUUCCAGAGGAGGAGAACCUGAAUGCUCUGUGUGUGCCGUCCAAAACCAUCACGCCUUUCACCCAACACCCUGCAGGUGUGGAGUAUAUCGUGACAGAGGCGGUGUUCAAGAAGCUUCCAGAGGAGGAGAAGCACCUGUGGCACUCGCACUACUAUGAGGCAAGCAAGCACGCUUGGUUCUGGUUUGCGUUGUUUCUCAAUCUCUUGUAUUAUCAUUCUCGCACGCCGCCUCCUCCUACAUGCCUGCUUGUCACCGCACAUGCCUGUUUGUUUCCCACCCCUCUGCGCUGCGUGUGCAUUCGCCUCAACGAGCAGAUCUGUGAGGGCUUGUGGGUGAACCCAGGUGUGCCAGAGACCAUGCAGCAGCAGGAGCUGAAGAAACUCGUGAAGACGUACGGAAAAUUCUGGAACACUUGGCAGUUCGACAGGGGGGAUCCCCUCCCCCUCGGCCCCCCUGCCCUCAUGCUCUCCCCCCAAGACCACCCCUUGGGACGCGUUUCUCGUGCUCUUGUGGAGCAGAGGGACGCGUCUUUGGGGAUAGAGACGGGGGAGAAGCGGGAGCAGCGGGGGGCGCUAGUAGACAAGGAGUGGGCGACGACGGUGAAGGACCGGACGGCGGACUGGUGGAUGGAGAGUGGCAAGGGGUGGGUGACUGAAAUGAGGGCUACUGAGCUGGAGAGCAUGGGGAUGGGGAAGGGGGGUGAGGAGAAAGGGGGUGUGCCGUCUGUGGUGAUUGGGGGAGGUGAAGGGGUGGAGGGGAAGAAGGAAGGGGAGAAAAUGGGGAAGGAGCGCGGCAUGGGAGGGGAGGAGACGGGUUUGGCUGGCCGUCCAGCUCAGUCCUCUGUGACUACUCUUGAGUGA